CACUGAGCUCGAUAAUUUGUUCUUCUUUUCAAUGUGCUCUUCUCCCCAGAGAUAUUGCUGGUAGUUAAAAAAAAAAAAAAAAAAAAACCAUCAUGUUGAUAAUCUAAAAGCCCAUAAUCAAUACGCUUAACACUGGGCUGAGAACAAGAGUUAUUGGUGCUGGCUGGUGUCCUUUUCUGGGUUCCAGUCAAUAAAUUAUACAUAUUAUUUCACUUGGUUGGAUCCCACCCUUGGGUCUUAUCCAAAGGUCCUGCUUUAGAAAAAGAGAUGACAAUUUCCUCUCCCUGGUCCUCUUUUCCCCCCAGGUUGCUGGAUAAUUUCUGCAUUUGUGAAGGUUACAGUGUACCCCGCUGUCUCAUAUAUGAGAUUUACAUGGAAACCUGUGGGCAAAACCCUCAGAAUCAAGUCAACCCAGCAACGUUUGGGAAGCUUGUGCACUUGGUUUUUCCUGACCUUGGAACCAGAAGGCUAGGCACAAGAGGAAGUGCCAGGUAUCAUUAUGAUGGAAUCUGUAUCAAGAAAAGUUCUUUCUUCUAUGCCCAGUAUCGCUACCUUCUGGGUGAAAAGAGAUAUCAGAGUGAAGAUGUUGCUGGCUUUGAAGGAUCGACGAAUUAUAACAACAUCACCCAACAAGAAGGAAAAUUUGAAAACCAUUCAUCGGUAGAGACAGACCCAGAUGGAUCCCCUUUGCCUGAAUUCAGGAGAUGUCCAUUCUGGGAGCAAGAACUGGCAAAGAAAUACUCCUAUAGAAUGAUGGCUUUUCUUGCUGAUGAAUACCGCAACUAUUGUCAAGAUAUUUUACAAAUUGUGAGGAACCAAGAACUUGAGAGGGUGGGGGAUUUUCUGACUUCUUUCUGGAAAUCUCUGCAGCAAGACACAGUCAUGUUUAUGUCAUUGCCUGACGUGUGCCAACUCUUAAAAUGCUACGAUGUACAGCUGUACAAGGUAGGAGGACGUUUGUUUGAAUUGCUGGCUUCUGUCCUCUUUUUGGGAAACCCUGGUGGUGUAGUGGUUAAGUGCUAUGGCUGCUAA